GGAGAGAGAGUGUAUGUGUGUGAGAGAGAGGAAAAGAGGAAAGCCUUCAGUAGAAUGGAUAUGUGCCUUCUCUCCUCCACCCUUUCUUCUCCUUCUCCUUCUUCUUCUGCUUCCUCCUCUCCUCUUCCUCAUCAGUGUCUUCCUUCACUGUCUUCCAUCAGAUCUGCGCCCUGGGCACCUUCAGCACCGGCCCUCAGGGGAAAAGGAGACUCGUCGGGUGGAUGGGCGGCUAAAAACUGAACUCCAAUGUCAGCUGGGGAUCAGAAGAAUGGUGGUGACAAACCAGAAGACAUGGUGCCACAGCCUGAGGUGUGGCCUGAGGUGGAGAGGGCAGAGUGUUUGGCCCGCGGCGCUGCCCUGAAGUGGGCGUCGGGUGUUUUCUGUCGGCCUGAACAUCUGGAGCGACUCAGUCAAUACAGGAAGAGAGAAAGUCAGAGGACAGCGUCCGUUCACACCAGACUGAAGUCCAUGGUCCAGUCGUACCUGGAGGGAGUGGGCUGGGGUCUGGAGCAGCUCCGCGAGGCCCGGACUGAGCUGAGGGAAGUGUCACGUGAUUUGAAGAAAGCUGGACUGGAGUCUGAUCAAAACACAGAGGGGGGAAGAUCUCUGGAGAGACUGAGAGAGGUGUCUGCAAACCACAGUCAGCUCCUCACUGCCGUUAGCAACCUGCCACGACUUUACUCCGUGCGUAGCAUGGUGAUGGAGACAGAGCGCCUGGUGGAGUCCCGGCGGCUGUUGGAGGCCCAUGCCAAGCUGAUGGAUCUGGAGUACUUGCAGGAUGAUAUUCUAUGGCAGCUCAACAAGGCCGCAGGAGGUGCACUCAGCACUGAAGACCAGGAAGUGGUGGCCAAAUAUUUCUCUGGAGUCCGGCACCUGGUCGAUGCACUGGGGAAGGAGCUGUGGGCGGUGGUGAGCAGUGCUCUGGCUCUGGCCCGACAAAACCCCACGCCGUUUGUAUCCGCUGUGAGAAUUGUGGAGCGGGAGGAGGCGCUGGACCAAACUCUGCUGGAGGAGAGGGGAGGCGGCGGAGGCAACAGCAGGCCCCUACCCCCUGGACGACCUCGCUGCUGGAGAGCGUGCUUCUUCAAGGUACUAGAGGAGGCGGUGGCGGCGCGGUUUCGCAGUGUUUCCUAUCUGCACACACGUGGUCCGGGUCUGGCAGGUCACCUCUCUGCACUGCAGCACGGCAUCAUGGCCGACCUGGCCACCGUACGCCACCUGCUGGAGCACUGCGUCCCGCAACAAUACAAGCUGACUGGAGCCUACUUGAGGGCCAGCCACCGCUGUUUACAUGCCCACCUGACACAGGUUAGCAGCUGGGACCUGGAGAGCGGUGAAAUCUUCGCUGUGCUCAACUGGGUGCUGCACAUCUACAACAGCCCGGACAUGAUGGGUCAUCCUGAGCUGGUGACGGAGAUGGAGAGAGAAGAGCUGAGGCCUCUAAUCUCCACAGAGGGACUCGAGCAGCUGCAGAGCAAAUACGUGCAGAGUGUUCGGAAGAGUGUAUCUGAAUGGAUGCACAAAGCUCUGCAGGUGGAGCUGCAGGACUGGCAGAGGGACCAGGAGCCAGAUACAGACCAUGAGGGCUUCUACCAAACAAGCCUGCCCACAAUCAUCACACAGAUGCUGGAGGAGAACGCCCGGGUGGCUCUGAUGAUCGGCGAGUCCCUGCGAGAUCAGACUAUACAGAUGGGACUGUAUGAGAUGGAGAACCUCCUGAACAGGUUUCGUGAAGCUCUGGUGGAAUUCGGAAAGGAGCAUCGCAGGGAUCUGAGCAACAGCAAAAAUAAGUUCUACCUCCACUAUCUGCUGGCCUCCAUCAGCAACUGCAUCAUCCUCAAGAAGUCCACGGAGAGCCUGCAGCAGCAGCAGUCGUCCCAGUCGGCAGGCCAGUUCACUCGCACUCCUCCUAACCCUCUGGCAGCUCUGGACCGGGCGGUGCGGCGGGCGUGCCGGCUUGUCAUGGAUCAGCUCUUGCUGGAUUUGAAGCCUUUCCUCCCAGGCCUGCUCACCCGACCCUGGCUGGCUCAGGGAGACCCGACCCCCAAACUUUGCCGCGUCCUGGAGCGUCACCUGGAGCUGUACUUGCGCGUUCGGCCUCCCUGCCGGCAGCGUCUGCAGGAAGAGGCCCAGUGGCUGAUGGUGGUGGAGUACGUCAGGGCUCUGAUGCAGAAGAGGCUGGUGUGUCGUAGUGGCGAGGAGAGGAGGCAGCUCGCUCAGCAGAUGCUUCAGGACGACCAGCUGUUCAGAGAAAUCUUCCACAGCCUGAAUAUUCAUACCUGUCCGUGCGCGAUCACUCAAAGCCACACGUGCAUCGAUCUGUCUCAGCAGGAAGGUGAAGGGUCAGCACCUGAAGUGAACCCUUUGGCCUUACUCCCUGUCCUGGCCGAAUUCAUCCGCCUCAAAGACCCCAACAUGCUCACACUGGAGGUGUCUGGACUUGCAGCCAAAUAUCCUGACAUCAGUGAGGAGCACGUGUCCGUGCUGCUGGAAAUCCGAGGCGACGUCUCUCGGGACAUCAAAGGGGCUGUACUGGAUUUGCUGGAGCAGAGCGCUCCCCCUCUUCCCGUCGGAUACCGACCCAUCUUCACUGACAUCCUGGUGCCUCCCUCCACCAUGGCCUUCUGCCUGCCAACUGCCAAGUGUGCAUAGCUGCAGGGGUUUCGUGUAAAAAGCAGGGAGCUCCUAAAUAAACACUUAGAAACAGUGCUGAGCAGAGUCUCCAGCUCUCCUUAUUUAUUCAAGAUCUCGGUGAUGCACAUGAAUUUAUUUCUCCUCCAGCUUACCAGGGGUUUGAGGUGGCGACUUGCUGGUCCAGGUCUAAUAUCAGCUGCGAGGCAGGGGUUGUUUUGUUUGCCUUAAGUCUUCUAUACUUCCAGAAGUCGCUGUCAGAGUUUUCUGCAGUUUAUACAACAGAGUUAACAGGACGUGGAUGAUUUUUAAAGUCCGGUAACAGGACUAUUGUGCACUUCAUACACUCUCUGUAGCCCCAUUUGGAUGGAAUUUAUUUCUCUUUGGCAGGUUGGGUGAUUUUAUUAUCAGUCCACACCAUAUAUGACUUAUUUUUCUCUGGGGAUUAUAUUAUGAUCAAAGUGAAAAAGUAUUCAGCUUCAGGUAAGUAACCUGUUCUCUGAACUCUGUUUUCCACUUUCUCAAACUGUCACAUUAACAGCGACCAGACGCCCUGUAGUUCUGUUAUUUCUAAGCAAAUGAUAGAAGAUAAAUAAAUGUGUUCAUCUAUUAACAUUUAUUUGUUUUUUAUAUUUUUCCUACCUGAAUGUUCGUGUCCAUUACAAUGAGAGCGAAUUACUAAAGGUAAAGAAAUACAAACAGAGAAACUGAGCGACUGGGUAAAGCAAGAAGAAAUCCUGAGAUUAAAGUCAUACAAUUCUGAGAAACACACAUGUAUGAUUUGUGGGGGAAAAAUAAUAUCAACACAAGAAAGAAAAGGAAAACAGAAUUUUUAUGAUGGGAAAAACAUCUAAUUUAACAAUUUCCAAGUAAAAUGUAGGUAAAAUUUAUAUCUUUCAAUUUGUUUAAAUAUCUUUAAAAGGAAAUGUUAGAACACAAGCAACAGCUUUCCAGUCAUUAAGAGAAACAACAAACUACGUUUCAAAAGGAGUUUAAAUACUGUGAUUUUCCCUUAACCUUCAAUAGUCUCGAUACGCUGUCAUAUUUUCACAGACUUUAAAAAGCUGUUGAUGUUAUUCGUGUCCAAAUGGGACUUUUGGUUCAGGUUUAAAGUGACAAACAGCACAAACAGGCCUGCACGCUGCCUUCGUUCUUCUUCAUUACCCACCAUGUUACUGGUUAAACGUUAUUUCUGCUUCCUGUCACUUUAAAGAGUCAGCGCUGAGCAUUGCUUUGACCUGCAUGAGUAAAAUCUCACAUCAGCAUAAACGUUUCUAUGUGAAACAAACAAUCUGCCUGGAUAAACUGCACCAAAGUUUUUUGAUCAUUUCUUUGUGAGAAAACAUUUUUAAGACUCAAAUUGCUGCAUAUUAGAUAUCUUUAUAUAAACUAAAAACUUCCUACUGAAAAAAAAGACACUUUUAAACUUUUUUUGUGGAGAUUUUCUUCUGAUUUGAGGGAAGACAGAGGUUAUGGGACAGAUUUAUGAUAUUCAGAUAAAGCAUAACUCUUAUGUAAUGUAUAUUGAAAACCAAAGCUUUCAAAAUGAAAGAAAAAGACAUGAAAUAAAGAAAUGAUCAUAUAGAAAGUGGCAUUAUGAAAGAAAAGUGACAAAAAAAUAAAAGAUGAGAAUGAAAUUAAACUGAAAAUAAGAAAUAUUAAAUACGUGGUUGGAUUAUUAAUAAAAAUGAGACACUGAUGAAUCAUUAAAUAUAUAAGUGACAUAAAAUAUAAAAAUAUGACAUGAAACAAUGGCAUUAUGCAUUGAAAUGUUAAAAUUAAGGUGACAUAAAAAUGGAUGAUAAAUUAGGAAAGUGCAUACAUUAAAAAAAAGAACAAAUGAAAGUGUGUAUAAGUUAUAGUUUAUUAUUUAAAGAUGAACGUGGUUUCUCUUUGAGAUUUCCCAGCUGUGAACAUCCCACCAGAGCAGCUGCUCUGUAAUCACUCUGAAACUGUGUUUUCAUUUCAAGCUUGCUGUUUGUACCAAAUGUUGUUUAUCUCAUUUUUUUAGAAAGUAUUUAUUGUAUUUAUGUAACAAAGUCAACUGUUGUCUUUUGUUUGGUGUUUUGUUAUUGGUUUUACAUUUCUGGUUCAAAGCCUCUAAAGAGCAUAAAGUCUGUUCCAUAAGUGUUUUAAUAAAGUCUUUAUCAAGUAAA